GAUUGGCGUGCAAGGAGGAUCGUUACUUUGUGUGUUGUGUGUUUGUUUUGGUAGUUGAAAGUUGCCUUAAGUCUUAUUUAUUAAAUGAUUGUUAAUGUUUAAAGGUAAUUGAAAUACGGUUACACUUGUCGAUUAUUUCUCCACAUGGAAUCAAGGUUUGGAAUCACCAAAAGCACAUAUUUAAGGAAUUUGGUUUCAGACUCGUAGUGGCGAUGUUGCUGCUUCUGAUGAGAUUUUCCGGUGGUGUACCUGCGAGUCCUUCCGACAAGCUGUGGGAGGAGAUUGGUAAUGUCAAGACCAUGAUGGCCGCUGUGUCACGCGAACUGGAGAAGUUCAACACUCUCUACCUCGGUAAGCUGGAAUAUCGGAUGUUGUCCAUGGCCUCCACACUCAGCAGCCUGGACAGCAAUGUGAAGAACUUGCAGGAGCGAGCCCACGUGUGGGAUACGUUCCAGCUGCACGUGGCCGCUUGGAAUGACCAAAUGAGCACGUUGGACAAGAAGGUGGACAUCCUGAGUAGGGGUCAGGAGAAAAUGGUCCUUCUGGACGGGAAGGUGAGUUCUCUUAUGGAGGUUGAUCACAAGGUGGAACGAGUCGUGGAAAAGCUGGGCGAGACAGACCACAAGUUGGCGGCUAUCGGCAAGGCGCUGGACCAACAGAAGGACGGGCCUCUUUUUGGGGAGUUCACUACAAGAGGUGUCCUCAGCACCCUGAAGCUUAUCGAGAGAAAGGUGGAUCGACUUCAAGGUGGCCUUGCGCAACACGUGACGUCUCAUCGUCAACAUAACAAUGGAAAGUCUGGGUUCAAAUUUGUAAGACACGCUACUGGUAAGUCUUCAGCGCGCAAGAACGAGAGCGCUGCAGGCUGCCUAACCUGUGGCGAGGAGGCGGCGAUAAUGGGCCAUGGCAAACUGGUGAUUCGAUGCAACACGCCUGUCAUCGUGGAGGACCUCCUACGCGACGUCGCAUCGAAAGUAGACGUCAUCUUUGACAAAGUUUCACGAGGAGAGGAAGAAGAAGAAGAAGGAGAAGAAAUCAUAAAAUUAAGAGCAGUCAGUGAAGAACCUGUUGAAGAAAUCAGAGAACCUCAGGAGAUAAAAUUGCUGGACAAGUUAUGGAAGCGUCUCACGUCCCCACAAAAGAAGACAGCGCGAGCUCUGCAGGCCUUGGAGGAGGCAGUAAGGACAGCCAGCAACACGACGGUGGCUGUCUGGGAGGAUCAGAUGGCAAUGUUCGAACAGCUUCUCUCUUGCUGCCAGGACACUCGACGUGGACUCCGCGUCUCCACAGGCGAUGCAGACUUGGUACUCAAGAAGAUAGAAGGAGCUCUUAUCAACAUUGCAUUCCAGGACGAACAGCGAGCUGAGACCCUAGAAAACCAUUUCAAGCAUCAGAGAGAGUUUCUCAAUCAGAGUCUGGCUUCGUCGUGUCCAAAGGUCAAACUUGUUGCACCCGAUAGUAGAAGUGACCCUGAGCUACCUGAUCGCACCCCGCAACUCCCAGACGUCGAGGGUAGCGGUGACGACGAGAUGGAAAUGGAAUUGCGAUGUGGUGGCGACCUGGAACAAGUGCAUGCCAUAGAACCGAUAGUGACGUCAUCAGUCUCCAGCUGUGAGGAGCUGGUGGGGUCUGGCAUGGACAGUGGGGUGUACCGUCUACAGGACUGCGAGCUAAAUUCGGCAGGUCGCGAUUAUUACACCCGGUACUGCGAUAUGAGGACAGAUGGCGGCGGGUGGACGAUCUUCCAACGCCGUGGCGAAUUCCCUGGGCCCCGGCUUAAUUUCACAUUGCCGUGGAGGGAUUACAAGAACGGUUUCGGGGUUUUGGAUCAAGAAUUUUGGUUCGGGAACGACUACAUUCACAGGUUGACUAGUCUUCAGGAGGUGACGCUGAGGGUGGAUCUAGAAUCUUUCGACGGCAAGACAGCUUGGGCCGAAUAUACACAUUUCAAAAUAGCGAAUGAAGAGAACGGAUACCGAUUAAGCAUCGGGGGUUACCGAGGAAACGCCACGGAUUCGCUUUCCGCUCAUGACGGUUUCUCGUUCAGCGCAAUUGAUCGUAACAAUGACAAAGCACCGGCCUGUUGCCCCUGUGUUCCUUCAUAUGGAGGUGGAUGGUGGUUUUACAGCUGUUUCGAAUCAAAUCUGAAUGGCGGGUACUACGGGGUGAGCGACUUAAGGGAAGAAUUUCGGGGCCUCAUCUGGGAACACUGGCUUGGAGACGUCUCUCUUAAGAGGACUGAAAUGAAGAUCAGGUCGCGUGGCGUUACAAGAAGCCAGGAUCCCGACUUCGUUGAUCGGAGCGCUGAAGUAGAAGCAGAGGACGUCAGGCCACUAGACAUUCCUGAAGACCCCUAACACCGACCACGCUCUCUAUCCAGGGGACGUAUGAAGACACUCGGGUAUAAACCGCAGGGGAAUUCUUGAACCCACAGAACUUGCCGAAUGACGUCACACCCACCACACUGUACAUGCAGUAGGGAUUGUCCAGCACCACCUGCAGAGGACCUCCGGAAUCACCCUGCACAUUAAGAACACUUCGCAUUCUAUCGGUUUUAAACCUGUUUGUAUUUGUAAAAUUAUAGAUCAUUUUGGGGAUGUUACAUCAACCCUUUAAAGCCAAAGCUCACGCCUAAAUAAUAUUUAAGAAUUCUGUCCGUACCGCAAAGAAAACAAAACAUUUCACCACUACAAAGAUAAACUGGUUAACGCUGUUUAAGAAAAUAAUCGCCAUUUAUACUGACAAUCACAUGAAACAUAAAUAAAAAGUACAGUCUUAUUAAUUGUUGAAGCAGGUGGGAUGUAUAAUUACCACUAGGAUUUUAAUUGCAUCAUUAUAAUUAA